UUCAACAGUGUGGGGUGUGUGCGCGCUCACUGCAGUUCGCUCGGACACAGACACACUCGUUGGUGUUCAAAUUUUAUUUUAUUUAUUGCAUUCUUCAGCUCCGGCGACGGAUUCUAAUGCCUUCUCCCAGGGGGCACACUGCUCGAUCUCUACCCCUUGGGUUUCGUCAAAGCGGGAAUCUUCACGAAAGCUCCUUUUGGGUGUCGUGAAUCUCUAGAGGGAAAAAAUAAUUAUAAAGAAAACAGCGUUUCCUUAUAUGCUGCGAAUGCAAGUGCAUUUUUCUAUGUAUUGGGAUCCGUGGACAGCUCUGCAUGCUCCUCUUUAGUUUAACGGAGUAGGUCUUUGGAUUGCUCAAGUGCGUGUAUAUAAAUGGCUGAUUCAAGUCCAGUGGACGCUAUAUUGGAGUACUUGAGGAGGAACAAGUUUACCAUAGCUGAGGCUGCUUUGCGGAGUGAAUUGGGCAACAGGCCUGACCUUUGUGGAAGUUUUCAGAAGCUUACACAUGUGGAUAAGGAGCCAGUUAACACAUCCAACAAAGAAGGAAAGCUGGGUCAUGUAAUUGAAGAAAUUCCGGCUAUAAAAACUUCUCAGGAUCAUGGAGAAAGUGUUAAGGAUUCAUCAACCUCAACUAGUGCUGAGGCAUUUAAGGAGCUAAUUGUGAAAGAAGUGGAGUGUGGAGCAGGAAAAAAUGGGUUCGAGACAAAGUGGAAGAGAUGUGGUGUUAUUGGGGAGCAGAAAAAGGUUAAUGUAAGUGUUGGAACCAGUGAUAAGGACUUCAACUUUCUAAAAAGUUCUGAUGAUACUGUGCUUGAUAUGCAUUCAAAGAAAUACUAUGCUAGUAAUGGUUCAGUUACUUUGUACCAAAAGGAUGAUUCCAGUGUUUAUGAUAACAAAUUUUUGGGAUUCCAGGUUCCUGGGAACACAGAGCCAAAUGUCACAGAAGCUUUUGACACUGGUAAGGCUAAUAUCAAUCCUGGUAAAAGGAUAACUUCUUGGCCUGUUAAUAAUGUUGGUGAGCAGAAGGGUAUUGGCCGAAGGAAAUCAAUCAAUUCAUGCACUGAUGAACCUGCCUGUUCAUCUUCAGAGCUUUGGAAGGAGUGUUCUGUCAAAACUGUAUUCCCCUUUUCCAAUGGAGAUGCUUCUACCAGUUAUGAUACAUCUGUUGGAGCUGUUGAUAAAAAGGAGGGGAAGAGGAAGUCAGAAUUCAAUGACAUUAGAGCAGUGAUAAAGGAGCAGGUGGAUGAGAUGGGGCGAGCUAUCUUUUUUGGGAAGACUCAGGCAGGUGAGCCAAAAGAUUUUGAUGAGUUGGAAUUUCAUCCUGCAUCAGAGAACCAGAAGGAAGAGUUCCCGAGACUCCCACCUGUUCGACUUAAAACAGAAGACAGGCCUUUCAACAUCCAAUGGGAUGAGAAACAUGAGCAUGAUGGACCUCCUCCCAAGAUCUUGGGUGAUGACAAUCCUUAUCACAUAGGAUCGUUUUUGGAUGUGCCAUUUGGUCAAGAAAUCAAUCCUCCGGGGAAACGGCUUGGAGGAGGCAGUUGGCUUUCUGUGAGUCAGGGCAUUACUGAGGAUACUUCAGAUCCUAUCUCUGGUUUUGCUACUAUAGGUGAUGAAUUGAGUGAAUUUAUUGAUUACCCUAAUGAAUACUGGGACUCUGAUGAAUAUGAAGAUGAUGAUGAUGUUGGAUAUUCAAGACAACCUAUUGAGGAUGAAACAUGGUUUCUAGCUCAUGAAAUUGAUUACCCCAGCGACAAUGAAAAGGGGACAGGACAUGGGAGUGUUCCAGACCACCAAGAUAGGGGUCCUACUAAAAAUGAUGAAGAUGAUCAGUCAUUUGCAGAAGAUGAUUCUUUCUUAUCUGGGCAACCAUUUAUCCAGUCAAAAAGUCUUGAUGUUGUACCCUCUGGUGAUCCUGUUGGAUUAUCUGAAAUGUUCAUGAGGAACAAUGAGAAUAACUUGAUUGGCCAAUAUGAUGGACAAUUGAUGGAUGGUGAGGAGCUUAAUUUGAUGUGUGGAGAACCUGUUUGGCAGGGCUUUGUUACUCAAACAAAUGAAUUCCUUAUGAUUGGGGAUGAUGAAAAGCUUAUGAAUGAUCAGGCAAGGUUGCUCCUGGAUGAUAUGUGCAUUUUGAUGGAUGAUGAUCAUCAUGCUUCAGUAAGAUCUAUUGGUGUUGGAAUCAACAGUGAUGCAGCUGAUAUAGGCAGUGAAGUCCGAGAAAGUUUCAUUGGCGGCAAUGGUGAAGGGGACAUAGAGUACUUUUGUGAUCCUGAUGUUGGCAUUACUAUGCCUAGAUCCUCACAGCAUGACUUGGAUAAGGACACUAGCGAUAGAGACGAAAAUAGAACUAACAGCACUAACUCUGGUAAACCUACAAUGAGAAGUGACAAGGAUAUGUAUUCAUUGUCGAAAGGUCAUCUAGACGGAGUAUUUUCAUUUCCUCCUGCCAGAGAUAGGCAGUCGGUGCAAACAAACACCGGUAAACCUUUGCAGUCAAGUAAGGGCAGUGUUAUUAUUGGUGAAGAAGCUGAUAAUCACUGCGUGACUAAUAAAGACAUGCUUGCAUCAUGGAGGCGUGAAAGCAAUGAUUCUUCACCAGUAAAAAGUUUGAAGGAUGAAAACCGUGUUAAUACUGGAGAAUCAGCUGAUUCUUGUCCUUCCCCUCUUUUCAAUUAUGGGCACAUUGAAAGGGAGCUUGUGAAGAAAGAAGAUAAUGUAAAGACAAAUAGUAUAAAAGAGGAAGACCCUGAGACAUUGCUGGAAGACGAGGAAGCUGCUGCAGUGCAAGAUCAAGUAAAUCAGAUCAAAGCACAAGAGGAAGAAUUUGAAACUUUCAAUUUGAAGAUUGUCCACCGGAAAAACAGGACUGGCUUUGAGGAGGAUAAAAACUUUCAUGUUGUUUUGAACUCAGUUAUCGCUGGACGCUAUCAUGUCACUGAGUAUCUUGGAUCAGCAGCAUUCAGCAAAGCUAUCCAGGCUCACGAUCUUCACACUGGCAUGGAUGUUUGUGUGAAGGUUAUAAAGAACAACAAGGAUUUCUUUGAUCAGAGCCUUGAUGAAAUAAAGCUGCUCAAGUUUGUAAACAAACAUGAUCCUACUGACAAGUAUCAUAUCCUUCGGCUGUAUGAUUAUUUCUAUUACCGGGAACAUUUAUUGAUUGUAUGCGAAUUGCUUAAAGCAAACCUGUACGAGUUUCAGAAAUUUAACCGAGAAUCUGGGGGAGAAGUUUACUUCACAAUGCCAAGAUUGCAGUCAAUAACAAUUCAGUGUUUGGAAGCGCUUCGAUUUUUACACAGUCUUGGGCUUAUACAUUGUGAUCUGAAGCCUGAGAAUAUUUUGGUGAAAAGCUAUAGCAGAUGCGAAGUGAAGGUUAUUGAUCUAGGAAGUAGUUGCUUUGAGAUCGAUCAUCUUUGUUCUUAUGUACAAUCUAGGUCAUAUAGGGCUCCAGAAGUGAUUUUGGGACUUCCAUAUGACAAAAAGAUUGAUAUUUGGUCCCUUGGUUGUAUCUUGGCAGAACUUUGCACAGGCAAUGUUCUCUUUCAAAGUGAUUCUCCUGCAACUUUACUUGCUCGAGUUCUUGGAAUUAUCAGUCCUAUACAGCCAGAGAUGCUUACAAACGGAAGAGAUACCUACAAAUAUUUCACAAAAAGUCAUAUGCUUUAUGAAAAGAACCAGGAAACUAACAGACUGGAAUACUUGAUACCCAAAAAGUCAUCCUUAAGAAACCGGAUGCCCAUGGGAGACCAAGGUUUUGUCGACUUUGUUGCUUAUCUGCUUCAAAUCGACCCAAGAAAGAGGCCUUCUGCGGCUGAAGCUCUUGAACAUCCUUGGCUGCAGUACCCUUAUGAACCAAUAUCAUCCGGAGGAGUUUGAAAUGCGUUGAUAAAUUAAGAUCUAAAUGUUCCUUUCAGAUCAGACAUGAAUGCAUGCAUUUGGGGCAGACCUGAAUUGGCUGGCAUGCAAAUUAAAUGUGCCUGCAAAGCGAGCAAGCGAGCAAUCUUCAACCAGCUGAAAUUUUGCAAGGUCCUCCAAUAUAUCUGGAGUUUUUGUUAAUCUCUUGCUCUGCUCAUUGCCGCGGGUUGUAUUUUAGCUAAAAUGUAAUCUUACAAGAUUAUGUAUGAAUUAAGAGUAGAGUAGAGUGGAGUAGAGAUGUCUUUUUGUUUCUUACACUUUUGUCGAGCCAGGUAGCAGCAUCAGUCUCAAGUGUCGGACUCUCGGUUGUACAUGGUGUGUCUGUGAUUCUUUCUUUUUAGGGUGUGUUUGAUUGGGGAUUGAAUUUUAAAUUCACCCAAAUAUUUAUUUUUCAUUUAUAUUAAAAAUUAAUUUUAUAUAAAAAAUAUCACAUCAAUUUUCUAUUUA